AGAUGUAAGCCGCAGCACUCAUGCGCCCGUGGUUGUUCGCUGAUGGCGCCAUGCGUACUCCUGGCUCUACACGUGUUAAAAUUGAAUAGGGCCUAAGCUUUUAAAGGACUGUAUUUCUACCAUCAGACGUUACUAGAGGAAACACUGAAAACUGCAUUCAAUAUGCCACAGCAACACAUAGAUUUCUUGGGAUUCGGUUAUGCCGCUGUUGUGGCCGUCGGCGGCUUAAUCGGUUAUGUCAAAGCAGGGAGCAUCCCAUCUCUGGCUGCUGGGCUUGCAUUUGGAGGCAUUCUUGGUGCUGGGGCAUAUAUGACGUCGCAGGAUAAUUCCAAAGUUUACUUCCCCCUUAUUACAUCUAUCGCCCUGACUGGAUUGAUGGGCUACCGAUUUUAUAAUUCGGGGAAAUUCAUGCCUGCUGGCUUGGUGGCCACUCUUGGGUGAGUUGUUUAACAUGAAAGCUGCUGUGAGCUCCCCAGGAUUGCCUCAAGGUAUGGGCCAGAACAGGAUACCAAGAGGCAUUUCUGGUCAUAUUAACAUCCUGAGCUAAGGUUGAGCAAUCAUCCAAACCCCUCCCAAUCAAUAUGCCUACCACUGUGAAGAUGAAUGUUUCUGGUGAAAAACUAUCACCUGUAAAGUAACUUCUAUAUUACUCACUUUUGUUUGUUUUUCUUAAUCUCCUAAAGUUAUUCCUAGAAAGGGGCCACAUCUUUACCUAACAGGUUCCAUGAAUUCCCUACCUGACUAGUAAAGGGAAUCAUCACAUAACUUGUCUUGCUUGAGGCCUAUGCCACACUCUGGACUAUCAAAGCCCCUUAAUAAUAAGUGCUUUGAUGCUAUUCCCCACCUGUUUACUUUCUCUCCAGAAACUAUUAUCUCUAUAUUAUAAUUGUGUCUAAAUGUUGUUCAUGAAAGUUCCCAUACCUUCCCUAUAAUUCUAAUAGCCUGCCCUUGUACUCAUUUUCAUGGCUAGAAGUCUCUUUUAAUUCAGACCUUCAUAAUUUAAAACAAUACUGCAAAUGGGGCCAUAUCAGUAUUGUAAGUGAUGGAAGAAUGAUACACAAGCUCUUUUUGUCAAUUGAUACAGCCUAAAAUCCUGUCUCAUUCUGCUAUUGUUACCUGCAUGUGCUCAGACAAUUUGAACCCCUUGUUGAUUAUACCUCUUGAUACCUACCCAGUCAUACCUUUGGGGUUAACCACUAACUCUCACUUCUUUUUUCAAGCCUCAAUGUUGACUCCUGCUGUUUACAUACAGAAUAAAACACCUUGGGAUUAUUCUUCACAUUAUUGUCAGCCCCUCUCCAACUUCCUGCUUCCUAAACUUCAUUUCCCUUUCAGGCAACCUGUGACUCAAUAUUCCUCCUGUACCACUCAAUCCUUUGUGUGCCGAUACAAAUCCCACUUCUUGUUCUUACUCCUGCUCAAGGACUUGUACAUCCUUGCUACAUGUAAACCAGACUGGCUAAGGAAUCUUUUUGAAUCCUUAUGGUGCAAGCCUUCAUAAAACCUAAAAGAACCAUCUUGAAUAUUUCCCAUUAGACCUAGCAACCCUGCCUUCCAGACCUACAUAAAUCAAUCCCUUUAGCCUGUCAAAAUCCGUUUUCCCAUGGUUUUUAUAAAUUCAUUGUGUCUUGUCUUUUUUGGUAUCUCCAAUGAUUACGUAAUGAUCCAAUUCUCUCAAUUUCCUUAAACAUUCAACUAUAACAUCAAGUGCCAAAAAUUGUCAUUUGUUACAAAAACUAAAAAGUACUGCAUUACUGAAGGUUUCUUUUACAUGCUGCCCAUGCAGAAUUGUGGGGAAUUAGGAACCAUAGUUCAUGCAUCAGAAGUAGGGUAUGGGCCAAUCACUGGAAUUUUAAGGCUCAUUUGUGAGGUGUAGGUUAGAGCUACCAGGGCUUUGUUCUCUAUGGCUUGCAGAAAGUAGGGU